AUGUGGAGAAAUGUCAAACGUAAAGUGACAGCUGUCAUUGACCCGUCGUUUCCCAUGCGUUUUUUUGUUGAUACAAACCGAAUUCCACAGCAAGAAAAGUUUUCUAAUAUUUGUGAUACCAAUUGUGUUGAAAUUUUUGCAGAAAUGUUGCGAAUGAUGCAAAGGACAUUGUUUCAACCGCGAUUACCCGCUGGAUGUAUAAAUACUGUCGUGAAAAAAUUCCCAUUUCAAAUUGGCCAAGUUCGAUGUUACUCGCUGCCGGACGAAAAUGUUGAAAGCUGGGUAAAAACUUUGGAUGAGGCACAACAAAAGCGAGUACGAUACAUUCAGAAUGAGUUGGCAUUACAAAACGUUGAGAAUCAUCCAGUGCCAAAGGUGGAACGUUUGACUACAUCGGAUUACAAAACGAUUCUCACUUUGUCGCAAAAUCAGCGCCAUAAAUAUUACACAUAUCUAUACAAAAUGCACCAUUCCGAUGGAGCGGACUUUCUGAAGCGUCAAAUUCGACGUGAAAUACAAAAGGAGAAGAGUCAAUUCCAGCAAGACGAUGAUCAAACAGUUGAUGAAAAUAAGCAUAUUCAAUAUGGCCUUGGUAAAAAUUCAUUAAUCCCAAAGAUUUACGGCCGAACUGUCGACAAAUGGAAGAAUACGCGAUCACUAUGGCGAACAGCAUUGGGUUAUCCAAAUAUGAUAUUCGAUUGUAGCUACUCAAAAGAGAUGACACCUCGUGAGAACCAUGAGGCGGCAAAGCAAUUAGUUCAUUGUUUUGGCUUGAAUCGUAGCCAUCGUGAGCCAUUUGUGCUUCAUUUUUGUGGCAUAGAUCGAACGAGUUUGCUGUGGUCGUUUAUAAACAAGAAUAAUCCAAUGUUUGGACAAAAACCGUUGCCCAUUCAAUUGCAUGAUGAACCGAUUCAAGAAGCCUUUCCGAAAGAAAAACUAGUCCUACUCACGCCCGACUCACCAAAUAUACUGCGCGAAUACAAUCCAGACGACCAUUAUGUUAUCAGUGGUCUUGUGGACCGAGGUGACAAAGUGCCAUUUACAUUGGCGAAAGCAAAACGAUUGGAAAUUCGAUCGGCACGUAUCCCAAUGGAACAAUUCCGAAAGUGUCGUAUCAAUAAAACAUUGACGUUGGACCAAGUCAUGAGUGUAAUGCUGGAAAUCAAAUAUUCAGGCGAUUGGAAUGAAGCAUUCCGAUAUGUGGCCGAUCGCAAAUUCUACUGAAUGAAUCACACUCUUGAAGUCUGGUUUUGAAAUUAAAUUUUGUUAUUAUGUGGAUUAUCGAAUAAAGUUGAUAAUGAAUAGAGUUUAUUCAAUAA